UGAGUAAAAUGCUAUAUCUAAACAAGCUAAAUCAGCAGAUGUUUUUGUUGCUUUAUUUAGACAACCGCAAUGUAUUAGCGCCUGACAUUUGUUUAUCUCGAUCAAGAAUAAUAUUAUUCCGAGCUAAAAUGUAAUAUGUUAUUGUUAACAAAAAAAUUAUAUUAAUAUAUAAGUUAAAGCUGUGAGGUUAAGAUCUGGAACCGUAGAAAUGGCUCGUAAUAUUUUACAGAGUAGUCUACUUAACGCUUGUUUCAGCAUUGUUUUCCAAAUAUUUUGCCGAAUUGUUACGUUUGGGAUAAAUGCCUUUAUUGUACGUAAUGUGGGCCGCGAAGUGCUGGGCAUUAUGAAUGUUCGAUUACUCUUACUCGAAAGCACAUUACUAUUUUUAUCACGCGAAGCUAUUAACCGUGCUGCGUUAAGUGCUACAUCACAACAGAAAGAAAAAUGUACUUGGCCACAAUUGGUCAACCAAAUGUGGCUUACUGUCCCAAUCUGUGUGCUACUUUGCAUUCCAUGCCUAUAUAUUUGGACAGAACAAUUGUCUGCCGUUGAAGAGCAUUUUAGUGCCCAGUAUAGAUUUGGUUGCUAUGCUGUUGCAUUAUCUUGCGUUAUAGAGCUAUGCGCGGAGUCAACAGUAUUUGUAUCACAAGUUUUUUGUUUUGUUAAAUUGAAAAUUGUAUUAAAUACUUUACACAUUUUCGUUCGUUCUAUUGUAUUUUUAUGGAUUGUUUUGGAUGAUGGCAGUGUCGCAAUUUAUGCUUUUGCAAUUGCUCAACUUGCUAGUGCUGUAACAAUAAUAAUAGGACAUUAUGGGUUUUACUACUAUUAUAUUAAAAGAUUUAAUAAUUUAAAAAAUAUGGAAAUUAAGAUUAAAAAUACUCAAACUACACAAAUAAAAAGAAGUCAACUUGAUAUAAUGCUCUUUGCAAAUAUGGAAGAUUUUCCCUUUAAGAAAAUAACUGAAUUUUUACCUGGUGUUAUGAAAAGCAAGGAUAAAUUUCUUAAUAGUGAAUUGCAAGUCUUAACAUUGAGUUUUGUGAAGCAAGGUGUAUUGAAACAAAUUUUAACAGAAGGAGAGAAAUAUGUUAUGUCCAUGAGUCCUGUAUUAAGUUUUAGUGAACAAGCAACUUAUGAUGUUGUGAAUAAUUUGGGUAGCUUGGCAGCACGUUUUAUUUUUCGGCCUAUUGAGGAGAGUAGCUACUUUUAUUUUACUCAAAGUAUUUCGCGUGAUAUCAAAUUGCACAAGCAGGAUAAGCACAAAAUCUUUCAAGUUGGGCAAGUUCUCAACAAUCUUUCACUAGCCGUUACAUCCAUAGGCUUGUUAGCCUUGACGUUUGGACAAAGCUACUCUCGUACUGUUUUACUAAUAUAUGGAGGAGCUGAUUUCGUAAAAGGUGGCUUACCAGAAAAUCUAUUACAAUGGCAUUGCUUGGCGAUUUGGUUUUUAGCUGUCAAUGGUAUCACUGAAGGAUACAUGUUUGCUACAAAUACAAGCAAAGAUAUUGAUAAAUAUAAUUAUCUUAUGGCAAUAUUUUCAAUAAGUUUUCUUGUAUUGUCAUACAUUUUAACAACUAUAUUUGGUCCUGUGGGAUUUAUAUUUGCUAAUUGUAUAAACAUGUUAAGUCGCAUUAGCUAUAGUACACAUUUUAUUUGGAAGCAAUAUAAACCUCUAAACAUUAAUCCUUUGAAAGGAUUAAUGCCGGGUAAAUUUUUUGCUCUAUCUUUAAUACUUGCUGGUUUGUUAUGCAAGUAUUCCCUGAAUAAUGCUCAGUCUAUGCUUCUACACGUAACUUUUGGAUUUUUUGGAGUGCUAUUCUGUUUAGCGGUUUGGUGUCUUGAAAACCGAGAAUUGGUGAAGUUGGGUUGGAAAUAUGGCAGACGUAUAAAAAUAGAGUGAAAAGAAGUUAACUUUUGUUCUAAAUUUGAUUUGUUAAUAAAUAAAUACAUGGUUAAAUCGAAAUGUUUGGUUAUUGGAAUUUUUUAAAUAAUAUAAUAUGAGUAUUCAC